AUGGCUCCGUGGCCUCACGGGAACGGCUCCCUGGCCUUGUGGCCAGACGCCCCCACCCUUGUACCCAACACCGCCAACACGAGUGGGCUGCCAGGGGUACCUUGGGCUGCAGCAUUGGCUGGGGCGCUGUUGGCGCUGGCCACUGUGGGAGGUAACCUGUUGGUAAUCGUGGCCAUCGCCCGGACGCCGAGACUCCAGACCAUGACCAACGUGUUCGUCACUUCGUUGGCCGCAGCCGACUUGGUGGUGGGACUCCUGGUAGUGCCGCCAGGGGCUACUUUGGCGCUGACUGGCCACUGGCCCUUGGGCGCGACUGGUUGCGAGCUAUGGACCUCGGUGGACGUGCUAUGCGUGACGGCCAGCAUUGAAACCCUGUGCGCCUUGGCUGUGGACCGCUACCUGGCCGUGACCAACCCACUGCGUUAUAGUGCACUAGUCACCAAGCGCCGUGCUGGAGCGGCCGUGGUCCUGGUGUGGGUGGUGUCGGCCGCGGUGUCCUUUGCGCCGAUCAUGAGCCAGUGGUGGCGCGUAGGUGCGGACGCCGAGGCGCAGCGUUGCCACUCCAAUCCGCUCUGCUGUUCCUUCGCCUCCAACAUGCCCUACGCGCUGCUCUCCUCCUCAGUCUCCUUUUACCUUCCGCUUCUGGUGAUGCUCUUCGUCUACGCACGAGUUUUCGUGGUGGCCAAGCGCCAACUGUGCUUGCUGCGCCGGGAGCUGGGCCGCUUCUCGCCGGAGGAGUCUCCGUCGGCUCUGUCGCACUCUCGGUACCCUGUCACCUCGGGGACGUGCCCUUCGACUCAAGUGCCCUCCGGUGGCCGGCGGCCCGCGCGGCUUCUGCCUCUCCGGGAGCACCGGGCCCUGCGCACCUUGGGUCUCAUCAUGGGCACCUUCACUCUGUGCUGGUUGCCCUUCUUUCUAGCUAACGUGUUGCGCGCCCUAGGGGGACCCUCUCUAGUUCCUGACCCGGCUUUCCUCGCCCUUAAUUGGCUAGGCUAUGCCAACUCUGCCUUCAACCCACUGAUCUACUGUCGUAGUCCGGACUUUCGCAGCGCUUUCCGCCGUCUUUUGUGCCGCGGCAGCGGCUGCCGUCCAGAGGAGACCCGGGCCACUGCCUCCCCAACUCGCCAUCCCUUGAGCUCUCCAGCGGCCGGGGCCAGCCCCGUGGAGUCCAGGCCAUGUUCACCGCUCAACAGGUUUGAAGGCUAUGAAGGUGAGAAUGCACUUCGGAUAUGA